AUGGACGACGACGACGACGACAACGACCACAUCCCCGACGAUUGGCCCAAUAUCGUGGACCACCACCACCACCACAACCACUACCUCCCCUACCACAACCACAACCACCACCCCGACGAUCGGGCCAAUAUCCUUGACCACCACCACCACUACUACCUCCCCUACUACCACUACGACGACUACUACCUCCCCUACCACUACGACAACAACGACGACCACCACAACUACUACCUCUCCUACCACAACCACCACCACAGCUACCUCCCCUACCACUACGACGACAUCAACCACCACCACCACCACCACAACUACUACCUCCCCUACCACUACGACGACAACGACCACCACCACAACUACUACCUCUCCUACCACAACCACCACAACCACUACCCCUACUACUACUACGACGACAACGACCACCACCACAACAACCACCACCACGACAACCACCUCCCCUACUACCACGACGACGACAACGACCACCACCACCACCACUACCACCCCUACCACUACUACUACAACAACGACAACCACCACCACCACUACUACCACUACCACUACCACAACUACAACCACUACCUCAGCACCUCCCGGCCCAACCUGCAACCCGGGCGGGACUCAACCCGAGUUUAUCCUCGAAGCCAGCGGAAGCGGCACCGUCGACGACGGUACGUACGUCAACCCACGGUCUUCACCUUCAACGACAAUUGCAAUCUGAUCGACACGGCCAACGGCGUGGCAGGCCUGACCCCAUUCGCCAUCUAUUCGAACUUCUACUUUAUUGCCGGCGAUUAUACGGCUGCGGUUUGCGAUUUGGUCGAUGGCACCCUCCAAUGCUCUGGCCAAUACUUCGUUAUCCUUACCGACGAUGUAGGCUCAGUCUAUGUUUCAAUAGAGCCGGCGUCUUCAAUCAACGACUCUGCACCGCUCACCCUCACCCCAGUUUUUGUCACAUGA